CAGUCAACUCUGACAGAAUCAACCGAAUCAACGUCUCCAUCAACACAGUCCCACAUACGAUCCCUCUUGAUUACAUUCACCAUUUCCGCAACAUAUACCUUGACUUCCUACUUUAUUCCCAUUCUUAAAAACAUCCCGAUAUUCGGUAGUUACCUUGCCCAUUCAUACCAGUGGACCCUUCAACCAUCACCAGCAUACAUUGGUCAGGGGAUAAUUAUGGGUUUGCCAACAGUGUCAUACAUGUUAUUUGGGGCUAUAUUAGGAUGGGGGAUACUCGCACCGUUGUCAAAGUACAUGGGCUGGGCUCCUGGAGAAAUUAAUGACUGGAUUAAUGGAGGUCAAGGGUGGAUCUUGUGGAUAAGUUUAAGCGUAAUGAUUAGUGACUCGCUCGUUUCUUUUAUUAUCGUCAGUGGGAGAUCUUUAAUUGGUGCAUAUCGUUUGAUUAACAACAAUAACGGUGUAAUAGGCACUACCACAGCAACAACAACAACAACAACAACAACAACAGCAGCAACUUAUUAUCCUUUGCUACCAGCCACGUCUGGCCUGAUUGGCUCAAAUGAUGAUCCUACAUCCAGCGCAUAUGAAUACAAGGAAAAUGUCAAUUUAAUCACACCAGUGGCAGACAAGUACCUUAUUUCCAACACCACCGCCGUAAUUGGAAUCAUUGCAUCAACACUACUUUGUGUACUCUGUCUUCAUCUUGUCUUUGGCACCAUCGUGCCACUUUAUGCAUCAUUCGUGGCCAUCAUUCUCGCCAUGCUCUUCCUGGUCCUCGGUGUUCGCGCCCUUGGAGAAACAGAUUUGAAUCCGGUAAGUGGAAUAGGGAAACUCCUGCAGUUGAUAUUCGCGGUGGUGAUCCCACCCUCGCACCCAGCCCGUGUCCUCAUCAACUUAGUUGCUGGUGGAAUUGCUGAAGCUGGUGCCCAACAAGCAGGAGACUUGAUGCAAGAUUUGAAAACUGGUCAUCUUAUAGGUGCAUCUCCUCGAGCACAAUUCACGGCUCAGGUAAUCGGAACAAUCUACUCCGUGUUCCUCAGUUCCAUAGUCUACAAGCUCUACAAUUCAGUAUACACCAUCCCCAACGAAACAUUCCGGAUCCCUACGGCAAUCAUCUGGAUCGAUUGCUCAAGAUUAGUCACAGGCAAAGGACUCCCACCGCACGCCUACGAGUUCUCGAUUGUGUUUGGGGUGAUAUUCGCCAUAAUCUCACUCUUGAAAAAUACGGUACCGAAAGAGUCAAAGUAUCACAAGUACUUGGUGUACUUGCCCAGUGGUGUCGCUGUGGGUAUCGGGAUAUACAAUACCCCCAAUUUCACCUUGGCUAGAUUCAUUGGUGGUGUGGUUAAUCAUUGGUGGACUAAUAAAGGUAUGGAUCGGAUUAGUAUGAUUAUUUUCAGUUCGGGAUUGGUUUUAGGAGAAGGGUUAUUGAGUGUGGUUACCAUGGGAUUAGCCAGUAUGGGUAUAUAGUAGGCAUAUUGGCAAGCAAAGCGAGCCAUACCCAGUAUACAUCAAAUAGUGUCUUUUGCACAACCACAGGUGCAUUUCUCAGAAGAAUCAGAGUUCAAAAACUCCUAGAAUAAGUUCCAAUAUAGAAUCAUAACGAUAGGAAAAGAUAGACUUUUAGAAUUUAUAUCAGAAUACAU